CGGAAGUGGUCCUGUGCAACAGAAACAUCUACCGAGACAUGGCUGUGCAGAGCUGGGUUGAUGUAUUAAAAUCAUCAAAGAAAACAGCUUUGAUACACGACGGAAAAAGGAAGAUUCAUUACCUCUUCACAGAUGGAAAAGAAAUGGCAGAAGAGUAUGACUUGAAAACAGAUGAGCUCAUUGUACGAAAGUGGCGUCAGAAAAGCACGCUUGGAUCUCAGGGCCAGUGGCAGGUGGAGGUCGGGGAGCCACUCGCAAGCUCUGUGGCAUCUUUGGACUCAGAUGUGAUCAAGGAGAACUGCUCCAAUCCUGUGUUCAUGCGUAAAGACACAAAGAGCAGCUUUCAGUGGAGAAUCCGCAACCUUCCCUAUGCCAAAGAUGUCUUCAGUGUUUUUGUGGAGCCAUCUGAGAGAUGCAUCAUCAUAAAAACCUCAAACAAAAAGUAUUAUAAGAAGUUCAGUAUUCCUGAUUUAGAUCGCAGUCAGCUGCCAUUCGACUGCUCUGCCCUCAGCUUCACUCACGCAAACAACACGCUGAUUGUCACUUACAAGAAACCCAGAGAGAUCUUAACCCUUGAGCAGGAGCUACUGAAGGAGCUGAAGAAACUGAAGGGGACUGGAGAAGGGGACGUCGACUGCAAAACUCAGUGAACUGUGAAAGUGGGAGCGAGAGAAUAAUUCUGAGUUGCAUUUAAAGCAGAACCUCACGCAGUCAUUUUCCAGUCACAUGUGAGCUCUACUUUAUCUUAUUCCUGUGAAUCUCUUUUUGAAGAAGAGCUCUUCUCAGUGCCUUGUCCAUGGCUUAAUGUUCCUUAUUAUGUUUACUAAUGGGGGUCCAUAUAGUAGAGCUGUUAGUGUUGAAAUGUGUCCUGCUUUUCAUAUUUGAUGCAGAAAUAUUCAGUAAAAUGUAAUUCCAGUGUUUCUCAGUUUUACAGACAGAUAUUUUAACUUUGCAGUUGGACCACAAGUGUUUUCCCAAAUUAUUUCUUUCACUGAAAAAUAAUUUAACAACUGACAUUAAAUAUUUGUAUGGA